AUGGAACAGCUGGCUGGAUCUUUGAUGACACAUGAACUUCACUUAGGAACUAAUGCUGAAAGUUCCAAGAACAAGAGUCUGGCGUUGAAAGCUCAAGACACUAAUGAGUCAGAAGUUGAUGAAGAUGAGAUGGCCAUGCUGGUGAGAAGAUUCAAGAAGAUGCUUGGUAACAGGAAGUAUGAUAGGAACAAGAAAUUUUCAAGUUCCAAAGAAACUACUUGUUUCAAGUGUGGUUUAAAAGAUCACUUCAUUAGAGACUGUCCUCUAAAGGAAAAUGAUAGAGAAAAGUUAAAAGGAAAUGAUCAAUCAAAAGACUCCAAAGCUUACAAGCCACCUUUUUCAAAGGUUCCAGUGAGGGGGAACAACAUGUGGUACUCCGACAGCGGUUGUUCUAAGCACAUGAUUAGAGAUAAAACUAGAUUUCUCUCACUGGACACUUACUAUGGUGAGACUGUGACCUUUGGAGAUAACAUGAAAGAAGAAACUCGUAAAGGGAACACUUAUAAAGUGGAUCUCAACGAGGUUCCAAAUAGUAGUUUAACAUGUCUUAGUGUCAUUAAGGAUGAUCCUCUACUAUGGCAUAAGAGAUUUGGUUAUGCCGGUUUUUCUUUACUUGAUAAGCUUAUAUCUAAGGAACUUGUGGAAGGUCUUCCAUUUAUCAAGUUCCUAAAUGAUAAAGUUUGUCAUGCUUGUGUUAGAGGAAGACCUAAAUGA